AAAAAACCGAAAAGGGAAAAGCAUAUGUGCAAGAAGUAUAUAAAUAUAGAGAGAGAAACACUGAAGAUUCUUUUUUCUCUCUCUCUCUAUUUUCUUCAAACCAAACCCUAGCUUUUGUAGAUAGACAGCGAUGAGAGAAAAUCACACUUCGAUGCCUUUUUAGAUCUUUGUACUGAGUUCAUGUAUUUGUUUCUUGCUUUAAAAAGCUAGGGUUUUGGAAGCUUUUCGAAAUUCAGUGACGAAAUUAGGGUUUUGAUGGAGCCUCGUGUUGGGAACAAGUAUCGACUGGGUCGGAAAAUUGGCAGUGGAUCAUUUGGAGAGAUCUAUCUCGGUACUAAUAUACAGACUAAUGAGGAAGUAGCAAUUAAGUUGGAAAAUGUCAAAACAAAGCAUCCUCAGUUGCUAUAUGAGUCAAAGUUGUACAGGAUUUUGCAGGGAGGAACUGGAAUUCCAAAUGUGAGGUGGUUUGGUGUGGAGGGAAAUUACAAUGUUCUAGUCAUGGAUUUGCUCGGACCCAGUCUUGAAGAUUUAUUUAACUUUUGCAGCAGGAAACUUUCCCUGAAGACAGUUCUGAUGCUUGCAGAUCAAAUGAUAAAUCGCAUUGAGUUUGUUCAUUCUAAAUCAUUUUUGCACCGCGAUAUUAAACCGGACAAUUUUCUUAUGGGCUUGGGAAGGCGUGCAAAUCAGGUCCUUUAUUUUUAUUACUAUUUUCUAACUCUUUGUUCUCACAAAUUCCCAGGAUUCAGAGAGAACAAAAACUUGACUGGCACUGCAAGAUAUGCUAGCAUGAAUACUCACCUUGGUAUUGAACAAAGCAGGAGGGAUGAUUUAGAAUCUCUUGGAUAUGUCCUCAUGUACUUCCUAAGAGGAAGUCUUCCUUGGCAGGGGUUGAAAGCAGGAACUAAGAAGCAGAAGUAUGAGAAAAUUAGUGAAAAAAAGGUGUCAACAUCUAUUGAGGCUUUAUGCCGGGGUUAUCCUACUGAAUUUGCAUCAUAUUUCCAUUACUGUCGUUCACUUCGCUUUGAGGAUAAACCAGAUUAUGCUUAUCUGAAGAGAAUAUUUCGUGACCUCUUCAUCCGCGAAGGCUUUCAGUUUGACUAUGUUUUUGAUUGGACCAUUUUGAAGUAUCAGCAAUCGCAAAUUGCAGCUCCUCCUUCCCGACCUCUUGGUGCUGGUGCUGGAACCAGCUCAGGCAUGCCUCCAGCUAUCCCUAAUGCAGAAAGGCAGUCAGGUGAGGAAGAAGGAAGACAACCAGCAGAUCCUUCUCGAAGGAGGAAUUCUGGACCGCUUAUAAAUGCAGGAAGUUUGUCCAAGCAGAAAAGUCCUCUCAGAAAUGAUUCUACUAGCAAGGAUGCUAUGUUGUCAAGCUCCACUUUCCUUGGAAGAUCAAGUGGAUCAUUGAGGCGAGGUCUAGUCUCUGGCAGCCGAGAGACUUUCACUAUGGGAAAUGACUCUGAUCCUACACGUUCUCGAACGCCUGAGGCAAGUCCAGCAACCAUGCACAAAAUAUCAAGUGGACAGAGAAGCUCCCCAUUUGUUGGCUCAUCAGACGCUAAACAUGCUUCAUCUGGCAGGAAUACUUCUGGUAUAAAGAACUAUGAAACCACACUCAAAGGAAUUGAGAGUUUACAUUUCGAUGAGGAAGAUAGGGGUCACUAAUGAUUGGAAACCCUUUCAUCACAUUCUUGUAAAUUUCUGACUCAGUGUGCUAGACCUCAGGUAGAAUUGAGGCCCUAAAAGUUGAUUUUUCUUGAAUUUCGGGUUGGAAUUUAGGGAUCUAGAGUGUGAUUCGUUCAAGCAAAGAUCUAUAAGAAAUAAAUAGAUCUGAAUGAGUGCUCUAAUGCAGGGAGUCAGGUGGUUUCAAUACAAGCUCAUUGCCGUGCAUGGCUCUUUAUAUUGUUUUGGUGCCUGUGCAAUCAGGCAUCUUCCAUAAUAUUUAAACCUCAUCCAGAUGAUGGGGACUAGUGAAACUGUAUAUUGAGUCGUUGUAAUACUAAGAUAAGAUGGUCCAUAGUAAUGUUUUGGUCGAAUGUCACUUAGAGUGCAAACUCAGUAGUUCUCACAAAUUCUGGGUACUGUUAAUGCUUUAGUUUUCAAGCA